AGCCCGAAUCAAAACAAGGCUCCAUCUUCGCAGCUUGUGAUUCCGAAAAGUUCCCAACAAAAAUUUUAAUUUUCCCUUGUAAAAUCGUGAAAUUUAAAUCAGUUUUUGUGUCGCCGCAAUCAUCCAAGUGGCAACCAUGGCAUCCCCACUGGAAAAUCUCGAAAACCACCUGGAAAUGUUCAUCGAAAACGUGCGGCAGAUCCGGAUCAUCGUCAGUGACUUCCAACCGCAGGGCCAGAACGUGCUGAAUCAGAAGAUACAAUCCCUCGUCACCGGCCUCCAAGAGAUCGACAAGCUCAAAAACCAGGUGGACGUCAACGUGCCGCUGGAGGUGUUCGAUUACAUCGAUCAGGGCAGGAAUCCGCAGCUGUACACCAAGGACUGUAUCGAUAAGGCGCUGACCAAGAACGAGGAGGUCAAGGGGAAGAUCGAUUCCUAUCGGAAGUUCAAGAGCAACCUGAUGAAGGAGCUGGACGAGACGUUUCCGAACGAGAUCAACAAGUAUAAGGCGAUCCGGGGGGAUGAGUGAGUAUUAAAAUGUGAGGGGGGGGGGGGAAGCUAAGGUGAAUGGCGAUUUUUAGAUUCUAAGAUGUUUAAUUUACUAAGAGAAGUGGGAAUAAAUGUAAGAAUUUGGAGAAAACUCAUUACGAUUGCAGCUAAUUGGCAUAGUUCUUAGAAUUGAAACAAAUCCAUCGCAGAAUGAAACAGGGCAAUACGGAUAAAAUACACCAAAUAAGCAUAAACAUGCCUGGAACGGAACGUUAUGCAAAGAUUUUAUGCGCCGACCGACAUUGCGUCCGAUCCGAGAUCCGGCUGCGCAUUGCUGGAAUCCAUCUACAGGAGGAGAUAUUCGGGCGCCGAUUCAACACACGCCGUCUGGAAGACGCUGCGAUGAAAAGGUCCUUCGUCGAGGAGCUGGAGAACCGUGCUGCGGAUAUUGCAGAAGGUAGAAGCGUAGAAAAUCAAUGGAGCGCCAUCAAGAACGCCUUCAUCGCCUCCGGCGAGAAUAAUUUGUGUGAGAAACGCACCCGGAGAAAGCAGUGGAUCACAUAUGGCACCUGGAGGAAGAUAUAAUCUAUCUAUAU